AUGAGCUCCUCGCAGGAUCGUGUGGGCCGUGUGGUCAACCACAAGGAUUAUUACUUGCGUGGUGGGGACCUGAAUGUGUUGAUCGGCAACCAUCACUACCGCAUACACAGUUACUUCUUCUACCGUGAAUCGCUAGUAUGGCGCAAUAUGCUAGAUGCCUCUCCCGAUGGUGGGGAUCACGGCACGACUGAUUCUCCAAGUCCUUUCACCCUUGACGACGUCAAAAGUGAAGACUUUGAGCGCUUCCUCUGGGUGAUAUACAACCCCCAAUAUUCACUCUACGAUGCUCCCCUUGAGAAACUCAACAUCGAGCCGAUCGACAAGAUCGUGGCAUACCACGAAUAUAAGAUCAACAAAACUCUCCUUCUCCCUGCAUACAUCGCGAUGUGCAAACGUGAAAAGUCUCUGUCUCUUGCAGAGGGUACAAAGCUCGGAAUGGAAACCGUCCUCCGCCUUGCCGACGCACGCGAGCGUGCUCGGCAGCAAGCCGCGGAGAGCGGCAUUCGCUCCCCGACAUUUGAAGAUUUUGAGGAUGCACAGAUGGAAGAUAUGGUAAGGGAAGUGUUUGGCAUUGCGCCGAGACCUACGUCGCCCGGUCGACACUCCAGAAACUCGUCUGGUGCAUUCAACGGUUUCGGUGGCACGGCCAAUCAGAAUGGCUUUGGCUUCACCCCCCAGAAAGCCAACGGGGAGACAACACCUGGCUUUAAUGGUUUUAAUUCAUCGACCAACAAGCCAGUUGAUCCCCUGCACGUAUCUACAGACGCGACGGCGCCACCUCCAACCAAUGGCUCAACAACCAAGACUGAUGGCAAGAAGCCACAAGCACCGCCAAAAGAUGAGAAAUCGUCGCCUGAAGCGAACGGGGCUUCCCCCCAACAAGCUGCGCCUGGUGCCACUGACAACAAAGGAGGCGCAGGGGGUAAGGCCAAUGGCACAGGUGAGUAA